GCGCCUUACUUCCCGUGCUGGUGUUUCUUGUGACUGCUUGGGCCGAGCGACCGAUCGAGUGCUUGGUUUCCCGGGGCGGCAGCUACGGAAGGGACGGCGCUGGCGGGUAAAAAGAAGAGUUCCAGAUAUCAUUUUUUUUUAAAUGAUGUGAAGAUUAUUAAAGCAAAUAUGAAUAAAGACUAAUAUUAUAUGUCAUAGAAGUGUGACAGUGGAUCAGUCUGAGCAGACAAAAUGUUGUAGGACAUAAGUUUGGAAGAAGACUGCAUUUUUGUUUUCUGUCAAUUGUUUUAUUUUUAUGACAAUCUUUGAAAAUUGUGAGGCUUCCAGUUCUGGAUUUACUCUCUGUAAAAUUGAAGCAAAACUUAUUUCUAUUUUAAAGAAGCAAAACUUACUUUCUAUUUUUAAAAGUAAAAAGUAUAUUUAUUAAGGGUUUAAGAAGACUAAAACAGGACCAAUCCUCAGUUUGCUCCUCACAAUUCCUCUGGAAGAAAAAGGAUUUUCAGCUCAGCCUUCUACCAGCUGUUAUUAGGAUUUAGCAUUCAAGAGAAAAAUAAAUGCAAGCAACUGCCACUCAGCCCUAGUUUCUGAUGAAAUCAAGGGGCAGGGUUCUAACCCUGGGAGAAAAGAGCAUUCUAGAGGCAGAAAAACAUGUGUUCUAGACUAGCAUAUUUACCAGUAAUGUAACUAUCCCUAAACAUCACCCACAAUACAUUGCUUUAUCUUGAAAACAGAUUAGAAAGGGAAAACUCUGCCUCGAAAAUUAUUGUGCAAUUUCUGAAAAUAAUAAUGAAGUAAUAAUACAUCAAAAACCAUUGGAGCUUAUAUCUAGUACAACAUUUUUCUUGGAAUUUUUGUCCAAUCCAUCUUCUCAUCUUGCACUAAAAAUUCCAAUCCAGCUGCAGUUUUCUGCCUUAUUGAACUAUUUUUUUCAUCUUCAGAAGGUGAUAUUCUCCAGAAACUACAUGGCGACUACUUUUUCCAGAAUUUAGUUUUAUGUUAUUAUUUUUCGAAAGGAAUCUUGGGAUUAGGUUUAUUAUUCUCCUGAUUGGAUCUUGUUCUGUUCAUUUAAUAAUUCUAUCCAGAUUUAUUUAUUUUUUGAUCAAUGCCAUCUUGAAUUAUAAUUGUGAAUAAGAUCUGGCUCUUAACAGACAAAUUGGAGAACUUGGACAAUCUUUUAAGCUUUCCCCUGAUUUCUUGUUUUGUUUUGUAUUUUGAGAAAGCUUCUUUCCCUAAUUUUCUUACCCUUCUUGACUCCUGUUGGGCCUGGGCUAUGCUGCAGGGCAGAUCAUCCACCAAAGCUCCAACAUGCCAGCAGCAUCUGGAAAGAGAUUCAAACCUAGCAAGUAUGUCCCGGUAUCAGCUGCUGCAAUCUUCUUAGUAGGAGCCACCACUCUCUUCUUCGCUUUUACGUGUCCAGGACUCAGCAUUUACAUCUCCCCAAUCAUACCCAUUUACAAUGCUGUGGUCUUCCUUUUUGUGCUGGCCAACUUCAGUAUGGCCACUUUCAUGGAUCCUGGCAUAUUCCCCAGAGCUGAAGAAGAUGAGGAUAAGGAGGAUGAUUUCCGAGCUCCCCUAUACAAAACUGUGGAAAUAAAGGGUAUUCAAGUACGCAUGAAAUGGUGUGCAACAUGCAGAUUCUACCGGCCACCACGCUGCUCCCAUUGUAGUGUCUGUGAUAACUGUGUGGAGGAAUUUGACCAUCACUGUCCAUGGGUGAACAACUGCAUAGGAAGACGCAAUUAUCGCUACUUCUUCCUGUUCCUGCUCUCACUUACAGCUCACAUCAUGGGUGUGUUUGGUUUCGGUUUACUGUAUGUCCUAUAUCAAGUGGAAGAACUCUCUGGAAUCCGUAUGGCUGUUACUAUGGCCGUGAUGUGUGUGGCUGGUUUGUUCUUUAUUCCUGUGGCUGGCCUUACAGGUUUCCAUGUGGUACUAGUAGCCAGAGGUCGCACUACCAAUGAACAAGUUACAGGCAAGUUCCGAGGUGGAGUAAACCCAUUUACCAAUGGCUGCUGUAAGAAUGUCAGUCGUGUUCUCUGCAGCUCUCCAGCUCCCAGGUAUCUUGGGCGGCCAAAGGGAGAACAGACUGUAUUAGUGAGGCCUCCAUUCUUACGGCCAGAAAUAUCAGACGGACAGGUUGCUAUGAAGAUCAUGGAUAAUGGUAUCCAGGCUGAACUGAAGAGAACAAAGUCCAAAGGAAGCCUUGAAGUAACAGAGAGCCAGUCUGCUGAUGCUGAACCACCACCGCCACCCAAACCAGAUCUCAGCCACUACACAGGUCUGAGGACACAUUUAACUCUGGCCACCAAUGAGGAUAGCAGUUUGCUAAAUAAGGACAGCCCUCCAACUCCAACCAUGUAUAAGUAUCGACCUGGCUAUACUAGCAGCAGUGCUUCAGCUGCAAUGCCUCACUCCACCAGUGCCAAGCUAAGUCGAGGAGACAGUCUGAAGGAGCCAACGUCUAUUGCUGAAAGCAGCCGAAACCCCAGCUACCGCUCAGAACCAAGCCUGGAGCCAGAAAGUUUUCGAUCACCCACUUUUGGCAAGAGUUUCCAUUUUGAUCCUCUAUCCAGUGGUUCCCGCUCCUCCAGCCUCAAGUCAGCUCAAGGCACAGGCUUUGAAAUGGGCCAUCUUCAGUCAAUCCGCUCCGAAGGCACUACUUCCACAUCUUACAAGAGCUUGGUGAACCAGACACGCAAUGGGAGUUUGUCGUAUGACAGUCUUCUCACACCCUCUGAUAGCCCUGAUUUUGAGUCUGUGCAGGCAAGUUCAGAGCCAGACCCACUCAUGGGAUACACUUCUCCUUUUCUUUCAGCCCGUAUUGCUCAACAGCGGGAGGCUGACUUGCACAGUCGUUUUCCAAGCUCGGGUUCACCCAAGCACCAGCAACCUCGUGAUUCUUCCCCCGUCCGCUAUGACAAUCUUUCGCGCCAUAUUGUGGCUUCCAUGCAGGAACGGGAGAAGUUGCUACAGCAGUCAUCUAUGCCACCACCCCUGGCCAAAGAGGAAGAUACAGGCCUAGGGGACUCUGGGAUACAGUCUACACCGGGGUCCAGCAAUGCCCCACGAACGAGUUCCUCUUCGGAUGAUUCAAAACGUUCACCUUUGGGCAAAAACCCGCUUACCCGCCCAGUGGCACCUCGCUUUGGCAAACCAGAAGCACCACAUGCACUUAGAAUGCGCGCGCUGGGCUCACCCGACCAGCUUUCAUCCUCUCACAUGGGCAAAUCUAUGUCUUACAGCAGCCAAAAACAGUCGCCUCAGGCUGUCGUCCCAGAGACUGAGGAGGUGGCCUUGCAGCCUUUACUGGCACCAAAAGACGAGGUGCAGAUGAGACCCUCUUACAGCAAGUCUAAUGGACAGCCCAGGACUCUGGGCUCAACCUCACCCAUCCCUGGCCAGCCACCUCUCAACAGUCCCACUCGAGGAGGAGUCAAGAAAGUCUCUGGAGUGGGGGGGACCACAUAUGAGAUUUCUGUAUGAGGAGCUGAUCUCCCCACUGUCUACUCCUCUUUGGCUGAUUUCCAUGCGUCCUGUCCCUGAUGAGCGGGUGGCAUGGACGUUGCUCGGCAAAUGGUUGCUCCAUCACGUGCAUGGACUUUUAAAAAUAAAGAAAUAAAUCCAGGUUUCGGUAGGUGGGAGAACAGAGGGGACAAUAAAACUAAACUACCGGAGAGAGUUUCUAAACACUACAAUGGGAUCUCGGCCUUGCUCACCUCCACAGCCUGCACUCUUCCCUCUCAGUCACCAAGGGACUGCGGUUUGUCGCACACUGCCGAGAGUGAAGGGGAAGACUUGGUGUCAGCCUCCUCGCACAGAAGAGAGUGCAGGCUGUAGCCUGUCUUGCUACCAACAGAACAGUUAAAUUUGUGGACCUUGUGCAAUCGCUCGCCUAGUGCGCUAGGGGUUGAUCAUUUUUAAUUUUUUUUUAUUAUUACUACGGAUUCUAUAUUUUUCCUCUUCUGAGUUACUGGGUGUGUGUAUAUAUAAAUAUCUAUAAAUAUAUAAAUAUAAAAAGAAAAAGAAAUUAUAUCUACCCAUAAGUAAGGGAGGCAGGCCUAGUCAUAUGUCAUCAGCUGGGCCUAAGGAAACCAUGUAUAAGCCACAUUCAGGAGAAUCUGGUGGGAUAGAGCAGAAUAGCCAUUUGGUUCACUUUCAGUGAAAACCACCGCAAAACCACUACCCCAGUAGGGCUGAAGAAAUGCCAGUACGACAUUUGAUCUGGCUUGGUCAUCUCUGUCUCUGGCCAAGCAUGAACAGGCGGAUUUGUUCCAGGAGGGAGCUUACAAAGGCACCACGUGGUAUCUACUAUCUUUGGGUUGUGGUGUUGAAAAUUUUCCCACGAUUUUUUUUUUUCCUGAAGAUCUUGGAGGGUUUAGGAAAACUAGGGAAAAAUUUGGGUUCAUACUUUUUCAAUAUCCAGACAAAUCUCUUUCCGAAUGAUGCCCAGAGAGCAAAGGUUGUUCUCUCUAAACCAGGAAGCAUGUGAAAUAUUCAUUAUGUAUCAUUACAGCCUUGGAUUAAGGUGCUAAAUGGAAAGGGUAGCAGUGGGCCCGAGUCCCUUGUGUGGAGAUAUUAUUUACAUUUGGUAAAUCCUCCCAAGUGGUUUCCUGUGUUUUUUACCUUGCUUUUAUGAAAUGCUCCAUGUGAAUUUCUUGUGGUGGCACAGUUCUUUAUUACCAAACUGGGUAAGAGAAAGAAAAGAGAGAGAAAAAAACUAACCAAAAAGCAAUAUUUUUUCAUAUGCCAAAAAUCUCUCAUCACAUGUAAAAGCCCAUGGCAGUAGAAAUCAGUAACCCAAGAAUCCAACGGUCUAAGUCUCUACUGAAUCUUUCUCUAUGGCAAUAGCUAAACUGUGGCCUCCGUUAAUCCACACUUUUAUUUUUAUUAUGACUAGCCAUUUUAAAAUGAGGAAUAAAAGAAUACAAUGAGCCACUUCCUCUAUUCUUGUGUAGUUUUUAUUUUGUUAACUGGAACACAUGUGGAUAGUGGUCAUCAGUGUUGAUUCCAGUGGGCCCAGAAUUGUUCAGUUGAUCACUAGUUUCUGGAGUUUGGCCACUGUAACUGCAGCCAUUCUGCUAAUUCAGAAGGUUUUCUUGAACAGGUAAGUGAGCACUAUGCAUUGUAACAUUUACAACCCAAGAAUUACAGUGUCAAUUAUGAAGUAACCUGGGAUUUAUAAACCGGAUUAUAGAUCUUGGUUCAGAUAGUUUCUAAUUGCCUCAGGGGUUAGGCCCCUAAUGGGUAUUUUUCAGGUAAUAGGUUUUGUCAGUUUAGUGCUUCUAGAUCUGUUACAUUCAUCCCUAGAGAACAUAGCAGUUAAUUACAAUGAUAGGGAUUUAGGAUGGUGGGACGCAGCUCUGGUACAAGAUUACUCACCCCCUACAUCUAAAAAUGCCUUUCUAACUCCCAGUGAGAAAACCUGUCAAGCACUGUUCAAGAUGCUUCUCUAUUAAAUCUGGCUUCACCUCACUUCAGACUCUAAUCCUAUUUAGAGGUUAUUUCUGUUAGGAAAAUACAAUGCUAAUUUAUAUGUAGGAGAGAAACCCUGCUCAGCCAAGUAAGUUUUUAAGACUUUAGAAUACAAAUGAGAUAAUACCAAAGAGUCUUAUGGCACAUUAAAAUAACAAACCUCUUGUGACAUAAGGUCUUAGGAGGCAUUUUUCAAAUCCAAAUCAAAUUGAGGAUAAAAUUAAGCAGUCCCAGUAGGAAAAGGGAGAAGCAAAACAAAAACUAUGGAAGAAUCUAGAAAUUCUCCAGUCUAUUUUUUUGGUGCCAGUGAAAAGUUUCUUCCUUUAAGGCUCACCUUUUCCCCAGGAAUUCACGGUGACACAUAUUACAUUCCUCUGAAUCCACACCAGCAAAUUUGUGAGUGAGUGUCCCAGAGUCACCCCACUGCAGCUCAGAAUACAUAUUUACUGUAUGAAUACAUACUGUAUGGAGUUUUCUGAUCCUUUGGUGGCACUUUUAACAAUUACAAGUUGUCCUCAACAAAUCCAUAGAGUUCUGACUGUCGGUAACCUGCCCAUUUGUACUCUUACGAUAGUGAUCUGGAUGCUUGGCAACCUGUUCACACUUAAAACUGGUUGCGAAGCACUCUGUGAUCACAUAAUGGCUAUUUGCAAGCUAUCCUGCUGGUUUCCUUAGAAAGCCAGUCUGGAAGUUGGCAGGCGGGUUACAAGUCUCCAUCUAUGGACCUUCCCUGACCCACAGCACAUCUUAGCAUUUUCUUCCACUCUUGUGUGAUUCUCAUUACAUGCACCCCAUGCACCUUCCAUGAACAGCACUGUGCCUCUUGCACAUCCAACCUGCGGAUUGCCUCUCGCCUGUUCAUACGUCGUUCUCAACCCACAUGUGUGACUCUAGUGUACCUUCCCCAACCAUUCCCCACAUCCUUGCACAUACUCUUGCUCUUUCCUCCAGCCUGCAGGCCUGGGACUUGCAGCUUCCUGACAGAUUUCCCAUUGACUUUGAUUGUAGGAACCAUCAGGAAGUUGCCUUACUUAACGGUCAUGGGAUUCAGUUAAUAACAUCAGCUGUGACUGGGGAUUACCAUCCCCGAAUGAUGUCAUACUUUAUGGCUGCAUUGUUCAACAGAAAUUCUGGUCUCACUUCCCAUCGUAAGACAAGGACUAACUGUACACCACCUUGCCUUCCCACUGACACCAGUGAGAUUUUAUCUUCUAAUUUAAACAAUAUGUGGGCUAAAUUAUUUUUGUUGGGACCAUAAACAAAAAAUAGAUUUCCUUACAGUGCAGGCAUAUUUUUGACCCCACUGUGGCUAAUUACACAUGGAAAAUAUGCAAAUCUGUUGAUUAGGAAUUUCUGAUUAUUCAUGUAAUUUAACCUUAGUUCUGAACCAAGGGUUAACUAACUACAUUAUAAGUGAAAAAAAUAGGUUUUGAAAGCACAAUUUCUGUUGAGAGCAAAAUUCACUCAGAAUACUAAAAAUGUGAACUUGAAACAAUCAAACGCUAUAUAACCUCAUUCACCAAACAUCUUUAAAAAGUGAUUAACUAGGUAAUGUGAGACAGAAAAGUGCUAAAAUUAAAUGAAUUUUCUUUGAAUGGUUUGGUGAAUGAUUGCAGAAAUCUAGAGGAAGGGAAUGUGCAUGUAUAA